AUGAUUAAGUUCAUUUUAAUGGUUAAUAAACAAGGACAAACGCGUUUAUCGCAGUAUUAUGAAUUUUUAAGCGUUGCAGAGCGCGCAGCACUUGAAGGCGAACUUAUACGCAAAUGCCUUUCUCGUUCGGAGAAUCAGUGUUCUUUCAUUCAAUAUCGUCAGUACAAAGUCGUCUAUAGACGGUAUGCGAGUUUAUAUUUUAUUGUGGGGCUGCUGGAUGAACAGUCGGUGAAUGAAUUAGCUAUAUUGGAGUUAAUUCAUUGUUUAGUGGAGACACUCGAUCGUUACUUUGAAAAUGUUUGUGAAUUAGAUAUAAUGUUUCACUUAGAAAAAACGCACUUUAUUAUCAGCGAAAUGAUUGCAGAUGGAUGCAUCAUAGAAACAAAUAAAGCCAAUAUCAUGGCUCCAAUUCAAAUGCUAGAAAAAUCUCCCUAA